AGAUCCCAGGACAAACGCGCAGCAGGCCCCCGAGCAUGUGCGGAAAUGUUGUCAUCAGUUCCACAGAGAAAGACUUGGAGGAAACCAAAGAAGACAGUAAAAGUCACCAGAUCGUAUCCAACUGUCCCUUCCCUGAAUGCCUGGGAAGAAUUCAGGGGCCUCUUUCCUGUGGGUGGGGAACCAGAUCCUGGAGUGGGCCUGGGUGUGGAGGAGGGACUGCUCUGCCAGAUGGUUCAUUCUCCAGAAUUCAACCUGUUUCCUGAAUCAGUGGUGUUUGAAAGCAACUUUGUCCAGGUCAAAAAGGGCAGGAACUGGAUAGACAUUUACAAAGCCUCCAAGACCAUGGCCCUUGGGGUGACCUCCUCCGUGCCUUGCCUGCCUCUUCCCAACAUCCUCCUCAUGGCCAGCGUCAAAUGGCAGCACGGGCAGAGCCAGACAUGGAACAGACCAUCUCCGACCCCAAAGAUCAUCCUAAAGAGGAUUCUCCCAUUGAAGUUUGUGGAGUUCCAGGUCUGUGACUGCCUUCAGCGCAUCCUAAGGUUGAGGACAGUCACGGAGAAAAUCUACUACUUAAGGCUCCACCCUGACCAUCCUGAGACUGUCUUCUGCUUUUGGAUACGACUGGUUCAAAUUCUGCAGCAGGGCCUGUCCAUCACCACCAAAGACCCUAGGAUUCUUGUCACUCACUGCCUGGUAUCCAAGAACAGCUGCAAUCCCUCAGGAGACUCUAAGUUAGUACAGAAGAAACUCCAAGCCUCCCAGCCCAGUGAGAGCCUCACGCAGCUGAUGGCCAAUGAGGAGAGUGAGGCCCUCUCUCAGAUCUUUCCCGACUUGCACCAGCACAACCAGUUCAGCUCCAGGAGCAGCAAAAAGACAGAGACCAAAAAGGACAGCUCAGAGAAAAACAGUCACAGUGAAGACUCCAUCCCUUGCACCCUCGACCUCAGUUGGAGGAAUUCGUUCACCUGUGGAGAGUGGGAAAGAGAGAACCCCUCUGGGCCGCAGCCCCUCUCACUUCUCAGCACUCUGGCAGCCUCUACGGGGCCACAGCGGGCCCCAUUUAUAGGAAGUUUUAUUUGAGCCACCCUUUCACAUGGGGGGAAAUCUCUGCAGCCCUCACCAACGCCACUCUGCAGCAUUCAGCUUUCUGAGGGACUCUAGCUGGAUGCAGGGGAAGAGAAAGCUGCAACUAAGGAAAAACUAGAAUCAUCUCACCCUGACAGCAGAGCCUUUCCUUGAAGAACCACUUGGAAGCAUGGCUCCCAGUGAGAAACUUCAUUCCAGCAUCAUUCCAGCACGGAACUUCAAACUUCAUGUCCUCAACUCCACACAUCACCACAGUGCACCUCCACUCCACCCCCAGGGAGGCCACAAGAAGACGUGAUUUCAGAAGGGCCAGGACCAAGAGGAGGCAAGAAGGAAGGAAACAGAAACAGAACCAGAGGAGAGGUGGAAGAGAACAAAUUGGAGGUGAAAAGGAAGGUGGAAGGAGGGAGUCAGAGAAGAGGGGAGAUGCUGAAAAGUGGUAACAGAAGGAAACAGAAGAGAGGACAAUUACACCACUGAGCAAUGCCUCACCAAGCUUCUAUUUAUCUAAUUUAAAACUUAAAAGUAAGGCCAUAUACCAAAAGAGAUAUGUAUUUUCUUCUCUGCUCAGACUACUCUGGACAAGGCUGAGGGACCAGAAAUGAAUUUUAGCCGAGGUCCUCUCCUUAAAUUUCCCUUUUUGCCAACUUUUCUUGUUAGUCUCUUUUCUGAUUCAAGCUUUAGACCAUCUACCCCUUCUUUAGUGCAUUCCC